AUGUGGCGGCGGGCGGGGCGGGAGCGGCCCGGGCGGGCGGUGAUGAGUUGGGGCGGCGGGGGACCCCGGACCCGGAGCCGGGCGGGCCCCGCCCGAGCCUGGGGCGGGGCGGCCCGCACAUGGCGUGGCGGGGCGGCGAGGCGCGGCCGGGGCACGCGCGUUGCCUUUGUUGCGCCCCCCCAUCGCUCGCGCUCCCGCCGAGCGCGGGCCGUGCGGCGCGCGCCCCCCCUUUUCCCCCUUCCCGUCUCCCUGCUCGGCUGGCGCCCCGCCGCCGCCUCCGUCCUCCCCGCGUCCUGUCCCGCUGGGCCGGCUUCCCACUUCCCGCGGGAGAGGAGGAGGGGGGCGCUUUCUCUCUCCUCCGCUGCGCCCGCCGCCUCCUAUUGCCGCCGCCGCGCGCCUUGCCGGCGCCAGGACGAGGAGGCCGAAGAGGAGGAGGAGGAGGAAGAGGAGGACCGCGGUGCGGCCGGGGCGGGGCGCAUUCGAGGCGGAGGGGGAGGAGGAGGAAGCGGCGACAAGGGGGCCCGCAGCACCGCCCACCAGCCACACCACCCCCCGCACCACACCACCAGCUUCAACGGGCCUCAUCAGCCUGAGCUGCGGCACCUGCGGGCCUCCCUCAAGGGCCGCUCUUGGGCGCGGGGGGCCGCGGCGGCCCCGGGGGCUGGGAACAAGCGCCAGCAAACAAUGGGCUCGGGACAAGCCAGGCAGCAGCCGCCCCCCGCCGCCGCCCCCGCCGCGGCGCCCUGCUCGGCCCCCCACGCCAACCACCUCCCUCCCCAGGGAAGGACUGCACCCUCUCCUCCUCCUGCUGCUUCCCCCCCUGGAAAAGGGGACAGGAGCCAGCCUGCUGCCACCACCGCGACCGCUGCUGCUGCUGCUAAGACUGCAGCCCGCAAUGGGCUGGCGGGAGAGACUGGCUUGGAGGAGGAAGAGCAGGAGGAGGGGGAUGAAGGAGGGGAGGAGGAGGAGGAGUCCCUGCAGCUUCUCUCCGGGUCCUUAGCGGCUGCCUGCAGUUUGAAAGGCUCGGGAACGGACUGUCAGCCCGAGGAGGACCUAACGAUACGAUACGUCCAGUACGAGUCAGAGCUGCAGAUGCCCGAUAUCAUGAGACUGAUCACCAAAGAUCUGUCUGAACCCUACUCCAUUUACACUUAUAGGUAUUUUAUCCACAACUGGCCACAACUUUGCUUUUUGGCCAUGGUAGGGGAGGAGUGUGUAGGUGCCAUCGUCUGCAAGCUGGAUAUGCACAAAAAGAUGUUCCGCAGAGGUUAUAUAGCCAUGUUAGCAGUGGAUUCCAAAUACAGAAGAAAAGGAAUUGGUACAAACUUGGUUAAGAAAGCUAUUUAUGCUAUGGUUGAAGGAGAUUGUGACGAGGUCGUAUUGGAAACAGAAAUCACAAAUAAGUCUGCUUUGAAACUUUAUGAAAACCUUGGUUUUGUGCGAGACAAGAGGCUGUUCAGAUACUAUUUAAACGGAGUUGAUGCACUGCGUCUGAAACUAUGGCUGCGUUAGGAGAGCCCAUCCCACGGGAGCGACCGCCGGCCCCGGCAGCGCAGAGUCGGCCUUUGCAUGCCAAGCAAUUUGUUCCCAGAAUUGCUUUGCAGGUGGACUUAGUGAUUCCCAUGCAGCUCUUAAAAAAAAAAACAAACAACCUGUCAGUGUCCCAUUGAGUGUCGCACAUUUUCGUUGCACUUUGGCAUGGCGCGUUUGUUCCGAAUUAAAAGCCGGUUCUUUCCGACUCCCGAGUCCUUUUGGUACCAGCCAGAGAUGUGCCAGUUGAUAGCCAAGAUGAUGUUCAUUCAUUUGCAAUUACUGACUGUCUUGACAUACACAGAACCUGUAUGGGAAAGCCACUUUUGGUUCCAGAAAAUUAAAAAAAAAAAAAAAACCAACAAAAAACCCAAACAAAAACCCCACAAACCACACACACACACAAAAAAGCCAACGUAGAUUGUAAAAUUCUAUAAGUAUACUAACAUUUCAUACUGAAAUUGCCAUAGUUUUCUGGGGAAGAAGAAGAAGAAAAAAAAAAAGAAAGGCUUCAAUUUUAGGUUUUAUUUUUCAAUAUUGAAUUUUUUUCCAUUCUUAAAUAUUGGUACCUCAGUGAUUAGUGAAUGAAAAAAUGUAUUGUAGGGUGGGGUGUGUGUUACAACGAGUAACAGUAACCAUUAAAUUGCGUCUGCCAGUGCCUGUAUAGAUAAGUAUAUUUGUCUUCACCUCUAAGUUUGGAGUGCAUGCUUUUAUUCUUUUGCUUUCUUCAAUUGUCUUUGCGAGGAAAAAAAAAAACAACAACAAAUUCUGCUUUUAUUUAAAUUCUGGAUUUGAUAAUAAAUUAUUUCAGAUUUUUAUAAUUUGGAUACUUCUCCCAAACGAGGGUUUGGAAGGCCCUUCUUCUAGCAAGAAGUGUGAGCUAUUUUGAAAACCUUGGGUAGCUGCUAAAAGAGAACCUGAUGGCACCAGUGAGUCUCUGCUGGGUUUGGAUGCACUUUUUUCAUUAAAAGAGUGAGGGACUUUUAAAAGAAGAUAUAGAAAAUUAAUGUAAAUUGGUAUGAUUUUUAUUUAAUCGAAAUUAUUGCUAGAAGCUCUGAAAAACAGCUAUUUUAAGAUAGUCGGAACAAAUUUUUUUUUUCUUUUCAGAUUCAGAUUGCUUUGCUUCAGUGUUCUAAAAUGCUUCAAUCUUUGGUUCUUGGUCUUGGAAAUAAAUUUCAAGGUGUAUCGUAUGCAUUUUUAGCUGCUCUCAUUUUCUCUAAACUUACAUGAGCUAAAUUAUUGGGGGAUUUUUUUUCCCCUCCAAAAUCAAAGCAGCGGGGAAGGAAUUCUGUCUCCCUUUCUCUCUCUCUCCCAUUUGCUCUUGCUCUGUUUUUUCUCUAUAUUUUUCCCCCCCCCCUCUUUAAUUGGGCUCACAGAAGUUUUAUAACACCCAUCAGUUUUUUUUCAGUAAUUAGGUGUCGAGGCUUUCUUGUUCCAUGUGAUUCCACAGCCCAGCUCUAUGAAUCAGUUGGGUCGGGUUGUUUUCUUGGGGUUUUUUUUUCCCAAGGUAUUAGUUGACUUACAGAAACACCUCUGUAAUCCCAGAUAUCACAGGAUAUUCUGAGUUGGAAGGGACCCACAAGGAUCAUGGAUUCCAACUCUUAAGGGAAUGGCCCAUGCAGGGAUGGAAAGGAUGAACUCUCAGUGAAUCCCCUGGAGUCAAGCGAACUCUUCAGCUUUGCCUUACUACACUUUUUUGUUUUUACCUUUAGGGUUUGGUUUGAGUCACGGGGGUUGUUUUCUUUUUUUCUUUUUUUCUUUUUUCCUUUUUGCUAAUUACUGUACGCUUAAAAAUACAAAACCAACAAAACCCCUACCUCCAGUAACAUUUGGGAAAAAGAGCCCUGUGCAGGAAAAACUGGAUUUAAAGCAAAGCCGCCUUUUGCACAGACCAAUCGCACAUGGUGAUGGACGUUUCUUACCAUGUACCAAUCAUGAGUUGUAUUUGAAAAUAAAGAUUUUUAAUGGAAAUUGGCCCUUCUGAGUUUUCUGCUUGUAGACACCAUCUGUGCUUUCGAGGAGGCUUGUUCCCCUCAGUAAAGAAAACUCAUAUUUAAAAGGGUGCCCAGAACCAAGAGUUGUAAAGCGGAGUCUGUCACUCCCAGGACAUGUCAACAUAAAGCCUGUAUGUUGCCACUGCUGCCUUGUGACAUGAUAAAAACCUUUUAUUCCCCCCAUCCCUCAGGUUUGCCAGUUUUUCUGGAUGGCUUUUCAGGAGUUUUCAUCAUUGUUAAGACUUAAAUGUUGGUAAGGAAUCAGUCGAGUCAGGUUUCUCAGCCGUGGUCCAGGAUGUAGCGACAGCUCUGGGUGGCUUGAGCUGAGGAGACAGAUGAGGGAGGUUUCAUCCCUUGCAAGCAUCUGUUGGACUUGUAUCACAAAUUCCAAACUGGGCUGUCUUGUGUGUCUGCUGAUGCUUAAAUCUGAAAAGCCAGACAGGCAAGUUUUUCUAUUGGUUAAUAUUUAAGCCGUGGGUGUCUUCACAUUCAAAAGCCGGCUUAGAAGUGAACUGAAAUCGCUUCUCGCUGCCAAAACCAUCCUCCCUGAGCAAACUUCAAAUACAAUUCUGGUUGUUUAUUGUAAGAAGUAGCUGUUGCCAUGCAUGUUUUGAAAAUACUGCACGAAAUAGGUGCAGGUCUCCCCUUCUUUUUCCAAAGGGCACGUGGCCUGAAAGGUUCUGCCAUCGCUGCUGUGUCACACACAGUUCACCGCCGAAGACACUGGAGCUGCAUGUCUUGGGUCGUACUAAACAGAUCUGUUCUCUGUGUUGCUUGGGAUUGGGAUAUCAAGUGGGAAGUCCUGAAUUUGCAAACAGCUUUUCAAAAGGAAUCUCUAGCAAGGAAAAGUUGGUUAUUUCUCCUGUCUGUUGCUAAAACACA